AUGGUAAUGGCGAAUGGUAGUGGUGAAAUGCGUAACAGUAAUAAUCAAACAGCUGAUAGAACGUGCACCGAUGUUGAAAGGAUAUUACACAACGAAUCAUACAGAAAACCAUUUCAGCAAUUUCUUGAGCAACAAUUUUGUGCUGAAAAUAUUAAUUUUUAUAUGGCCGUUGAAGAUUAUCGUUCGAUACCUGAUUCAGAUUUGGAAAAAAGAGCAGAAGUUGGCCGUCAGAUUUUUGAACGAUAUUUCGCACCAAAUGGUAUAGAACCAGUGAAUAUUGAUAACAGUACAAGCAAAACUAUUAGAGAUGCUGUUAUGUCAGAAGAUUUUACGCGUCAGCUGUAUGACGUGGCGCAAUAUCAGAUAUUUCAUUUAUUGAAAUAUGACUGUUGGCCACGUUAUCUGCGUGCUGGUGGCGUAGCACCAACAUUCGACGAUGAUCCUGAUGAAACGUCCGAAAUUCCAACAACAAGUGAAUCAACUUUUCGGAAGCGUCGAGGAGAUAAGAAGCGUAAGUCGUUAAUCUGGCAUGGCCUGAAGCCCAGAUUCUCACGAUGGAAAAAAGCCUGGUCAGAUGGCGGUGACUCAUUGGAGCAAAACUGUGAUCAUGCUGGUCCACUGGUGCACGAGUCAGCUGAGCGAUACACGUCAUCUCAGUUUUCCAGAUCUCAGCCCAGUUCACGACGGUUUUUAACACAGGAGCAACUGGAAUCAUCGGGUUACGUGGGAAAUAUGCGGAAUCCAUUAUUUGUUAGGUCUGAUACCGAACUGAGAGUUGGAAUGUUAAGUAAACACGGUUCGUUGCGGCGUCGUGGAUUUACAGUUUCCGGAAAACAACGUUCAUUGCACACAGAGAUAUCCCUCACUAAUAAGAAUGCUAAUAAUAAUUUUUUUCCCUGUUUUGUUGGAGCAUGA